GUUGACAAGCUGAAUUCCGACGACGUCGCAGCAGGCAUGCUGCCCCUGGGCGACGGCGACUACGGCCAUGGCGCGGGUGACGGCGCAGUCCUCGGCGACCCAUCAGGCGGCGAUGCAGGAGGCGAUGGUGGCGGCGAUCGCGGCGACGGUGGAGCGCAGAAUGCCGCAGAGGACGACCGCAGGAAGGAGGACUCGAAGCAUCGUUUCUUGGGUGCGAAGUGGCUGUUCAACUCAGGCCCGCAGUCGCGGCUAGUGCUUAUCAGGCAAGUGCUGGGGCCCCUCGUGAGCAUCAUGGGCAAGUACAUCGGGAAAGCCGGCCUAAACAAUGACAAGUUGGUUGAGUUCCGCAAGCUCCAGAAGCUCUCAGGCAUUGAUGUCGACGUAGAGUGCGACGUAUUCACCGUUAUCGCUGCGUCCAAGUUCGUGCUCGAGGACGAGUUUUUCAAUGCGCUCAAGGACAUCAUGACCACCGAGUCGUUCUGGGCCGUCACCCCGCCGAGCUAUCGUUUGCACAGCCUUCGCACUGAGGCGUUCGUGAUGUUGAGCCAGAUCGGCUGCCUCUGCCACGAGCUCAAGACGCUGCACGGCGGGUAUCCUUUCAAAAUGUUUACCCUGUUGGACGGGAACUGCGGCGACAUCCUGGGCGAGUGCGAUGACAUGAAGGACCGCUGGAGCAAGGCUCUCAUCGCGAAGUACGCCGAGUCCAAGGACGGCUUGCUAGACCCAGACCUGAAGGCGGAGCUCACGCACGCCGCAUUCCUCCUCAAGCGCGAGACUGUCAGCAUUGAGGCCAGCCACGCGGCCAUCAGGAGGAGCCUCUGCGCGCUGAGCGUACAGACCCACUCGCUGCACAUCAAGCGCCUUUCUGCCCUGAGAAGCUUGCAGCGAUUCCGCACUCGGCGGCGUCGUUUGCGCGAGGGGUGGGCUGGCAAGGUGAUCAAGGGCGCCAAGCGGAAGGGCGUCAAAGAGAAGCCCGCACCUUCGAAGCGCCAGUUUGGACAUGGAGGUGCAUGGAGGGCGUUCGUUCGGCAGCGGACGCUGGGCCAGAAGGGCAGCCCUGCUUUCAAGUUGCUCUCGCAGGGGUACCGCGAGCUCACGCCAGAUGAGAAGGUGAAGCUCAAGGAAGUUGGGAAGACUGCCACGCGAGCUGCGAGGGCUGGCAACAAGCGCCCGUUCGGAGACAAGACGCGCCAGCUGCAGCGAUCAUAUAUGAAGUCCAUCGCUGAUACAAUGGUCAAGGACCGGACGAAGGAGAGGGUCAUCACGGAGGGCAUCGCCGCGUGCUCGGCCAGCGGGGAGCCCGCCAUCGCCGCUGACGACGGCGCCAUCUAUAUGAAGACGACGAGCUCCACGGCCCUCGCCGACAUUGCCGAGGUCCGCAAGGCUACCCGUUUGGAGCAGCAGUGCCGCGCGGAGGAGAAGCUCCACAGCAGCAAGGCGAUGCAAUCAUGGUGCGAAGGAGCGGGCGUGGACUCGAGGGCGGCGUGUUUGUCCGACGAAGCAUUCCACAGGCUCGAGGAGUCCAUGCCCGUCCCAUUCCCAAGCACGGAGCUCAAAGUCUUCGAAUGGGAGCCGAUGGACGUCUUGGAUCGAGUGAAGCGCGGGCUAUCAAUACAUCGGCACGUCAUUGCAGACGUCUUCGCCGCCCUCAUUACAGUCUGGGAUAAGAUCCACGACACCAUCGACCACGUGCCGAAGCCCGACUGGGACGUGAAUGACGAUGCGGGUAUCCCGAGCUGCAUGGAAGCAGGCAUGUGCGUAUGCAGCGGCCAUGGCAUCGAUGUUGGCAAGAUCGUGAAGAACUUCGACAGCGCGCUGAAGAAGGCUGUGCCAGUCGGGAAAGUCAGGAAAGAUGUUCUGGUGCCUGGUUUCAUCGUGGGCUGCGCCUUCGGUCAGCGCCAGCCCACCGAGGACGAGGGGGACGAGGUGGACAUCCGCACGAGCGGCCUCGUCGAGGGGCUGCCCGUCGUCGAGAGCAAGUGGCUGCACGAGGAAGGGCUCGUGGCGCCGUGGGCGCGGCUGGUGGGCACGCUUGACUUUACCACGCCAUGGCAGGAGUUCAAGGAGUUCGACAGGAACCUUCGGUGGUCUGUAUGUGUGUACAACAUCAGGGAGAAGAUCACGCCGCUGGGGACCAUCGUACCGAAUGUCGUCGAGGUCAGGUUGCAGGAGGAGGUCGAGAAGCCGAACGUGCCGACAUGCAGAGUCAUUUGGAAGCCCAAGUGGGCGAAGUGGAGGAAGACGCCCGUCAGAUCAGGCAAGAAAGACGUGGACUUCAAGUCGGGGUGGGGCUCC